GCCCGCUCGGGAUGGCGGCGGCGCUGCCGCGGGCUCUGUUCCGCCUGUGCUCCCGGCGCCGCCCCGUCCUGCCCCGGCCCGCCUGGACAGGGGGACACCGGGGACACCGCGGGGACAGCGGCCCCGGCAGUGCGGGGGCGGUGCGGCCGCGCUGGGCACGGCCGGCCGGCGCUGCUCUGGCUUUCCUGGGAGGGCUCUCCCUCUUCCCGCGGGACGAYGAGGAGGACGGCGAGGAUGCCAUCAUCCUGCUGCUGAAGCGAGCCAAGCUCAGCGCCAUCAAGGGCGAGCUGGCCGAGGCCGAGCGGCUCCUGCACCAGGCCCUGCGGCGGGCRCACCAGGACCACAACACGCAGGCCAUCAUCUACACCUACAGCAUGAUGGGGAACGUGGCCUUGAUGCAGGGACAGCUGGACAAUGCAGAAAAGCUCUACAAAGCAACUAUGAGCUAUAUGCUCGCAGGGGACACAAAGGAGGAUGACAACGCCAUCCUUGAGAUGUCCCUCAAGCUGGCCGGYAUCUACGCUGCUCAAAAACAGCACAAAUUAGCCGUAGCUGGCUACCAGUUCUGCRUCCUGACCUUAGAGGAGAAGAUUGCCAAGCAGAAGGACUUGUCUGAGGAUGUCUUAUCAGAUGAAGAAAAGGCCAACACCCAGCUCCUGCUUGGGAUGAGCCUGGACUCCUAUGCCCGAUACCUCCUGACCAUCAACGAGCUCCCAGCAGCCCAGAAAAUGUAUGAGAAGGCUUUGCAGAUAUCAAAUGAGGUUCAGGGAGAGACUCAYCCACAGACUGCUCCACAGCUUCCCUUUUCUCUCCUGGUGCAGAGUGUGGUGCUGAUGAAUGAUCUGGCGACGGUGCUGGAUGCUCAGGGACACUAUGAGGAGGCACACACCUAUGUCAGGAAGGCAGCAAAGCUGGCAAAGGACACUCAGCACCCUGAGGAGCACAUGGUGCUCAGUAACCUGGCAGCAAUCCUGAUGCACAAAGAAGACUUCCUGCAAGCAAAACAAGUGUACAAAGAAGCUCUCAAGCAGGCACAGCAGAARGGAGAUGCUGCUUCUGUCCAGCAUAUCCAGGAGGAACUAGCUGAGCUGGCCAAGAGGAGAAAAGGCUCCAAAUAAGUUUGGCCAUGGAGUCCAACCUUGAGGUGGCUGAAGGCAGCAAGGGUUGGUCAGCUCAGGGAGCCUGGGACCAGCUUGGUGCAGGUCUCCAAACAGCCAUGAGGAGUUUCAGGACUGCUUAAGAGGAAGGGCUGCUACUGCUUAACAGCCCAAAAUAAAGGUGUGAAAUCUUAAUGGUGUGAAUUUGUGGUGUAGUCUGUGGUUUGACAGACCUACUGUGCUAAGUGAUUUAAUUCUGGCUGCCUAAGUGCAAGUUUGGCRUUAAUACCUUUGGGUUAGUCAAGGAGUAUUUGCUACUCCUACCUACUUCACAGAAGUGUUCAGUUUCAAAACAUGGCUGUCCUAGAGCAAGUCAUAAAAAGGAAGGGACAGGAAUUGUCUCACUCUUUACAAGCUGAGCAGCACAAGAGGGGGCUACACUUUGAUCAGUUCAGUGUGUUUAAACUUCAGUGGAGCAUUUCCCAGGCUGUACCUGCACUUCAACAGAGCUGUAGCUCCCUGUCCAACAGGUUGCCUGAAGAUCGACUGAAUUUCUUCAUUUAGCAUCCAAAGAUAGAACUUGUCCUCUCAGAGGAGGGGUGAAGCUGUUACCACAACAGAGCUGUUGUCAGAAAUAAAACUCUUGGCUCCAGUGGAAAGCACAUGGGAUGCCAAAGGUGUUCUAUCUUGGAUAGGUCAGUGCUAGAAUGGUGAAGCUUCCUUUUGGAAARGAUGGUGUGUACAAACCCAGCUUUGUGCCUUCAUGUGAAUCAAGUAUGAACAGCUGCUUUAGACAACAGGAUUUCUCAGUUCUGCCCUGCCAGAAAGAGGAGAAUUAAUCUGAAAUUUAAUCUGAUGUUAAAGAAAGAGGAGAAUUAAACCAGAAAUUACCAAAUCCAUGUU